ACUACAAACUGAAUGUUUCCUCUGCUGUGAUUGGCUGAGAGGGGCGGGACUUCCGACGGCACAGUUUGGACCCUAAAGUGACAGACUUCACCUCCUUAAAACUGGAAGAAAAACCGAAGGACGACGCGUUACAAGUUUUAAAACAAUUGUAAUGAUUUUCAGACAUGGACGACAUAAACCUUCAUUAUCGCUUUCUGAACUGGAGGAGACGAAUUCGAGAAAUUCGUGAAGUGCGAGCGGUGCGAUACCGGGAGCGGCUCAAAAGGAUGCUUAGAGACGGAGAAAUACUCAGGUAUCAUGGGAAUUCAGAUGAAGUUGGCUGUUUUGUGGCAGCCAGGCCAUUGUCAAGAAGAAAUCGCUAUUUUGAAGUGACCAUCAUGGAUACAGGAGUGAGGGGAAUGAUUGCUGUUGGUUUGGUGCCUCAGCUCUACAAGCUGGACCAUCAGCCGGGCUGGCUCCCGCACUCUGUGGCUUUUCAUGCUGAUGAUGGCAAGCUGUAUAAUGGCAACACUGUAGGACAGCAGUUUGGUCCAAAAUGCUGCAGAGGUGACAGGAUCGGCUGUGGAGUAUCUCUGGACUCUGAUGAUGGACAGCUAACUGUGUUUUUUACCAAGAAUGGCAAAGAAGUCGGCUGUGUGGAAAUCCCAGCAUCUCCUGAAGCUCUCUACCCCGCUGUGGGGAUGCACUCUCUGGGGGAGGAAGUGCAGCUGGACCUGAACGCUGAAUGGGGGAUGGAUGAGGAUGAUGGACAGAUGAUUGUGGAUAGUCAUGAAGAGGACUGGGGCCGUCUCCAUGACAUCAAGGUGACCGGCACGCUGCUGGAGUACGUGGGUAAAGGGAAGAGCAUCGUGGACGUGGGCUUGGCUCAGGCCCGGCGGCCUCUCAACACACGCUUCCACUACUAUGAACUGGAGAUCACAGAUGCUGGAGAGAAGUGUUACAUCGCCCUGGGGCUGGCACGCAGGGACUACCCCAAAAACAGGCAUCCAGGUUGGAGCAGAGGGUCUAUAGCCUAUCAUGCAGAUGAUGGAAAGUUGUUCCAGGGCAGCGGGGUCGGCGACGCGUUUGGACCGCGCUGCUUUGAAGGGGACAUCAUGGGCUGCGGGAUCAUGUUUCCACGCGACUACAGCCUUGAUGCUGGAGAUGACGCAGACGACUGGGAGCUCGAUGUGAUUCCCAAACCUAGUGAAGUUCAGAACGACUUGUAUGCAAACAAUGAAGAUGAAGACGAUGAAGAAGGAGAAGAUGUGGAGGGGAGGAAGGUCACGGUGUUCUUCACCAGAAAUGGAAAGGUGGUGGGCCGGAGGGAGGUGGCCUUACCUGUAGGAGGCUUGUACCCCACAAUUGGCAUGAUGAGCACUGGGGAGAAGGUCAGAGUGGACCUGCACCCCCUCAGCGGCUGAGCAGAGUGGAGGAAACCUGAGUGGAGAAAUCAGAGCACGGACGGAUGAUUGAGCUCUGGGACAUUUUUGGAGAUCAGGUGAUAAAUAAAACUUCCACAUCAACAAGCUCCAAGAUGUUACUUGAAAAGUCACUCCAGUGUAGAAGGUGACUGAGGCUCAUGCUGUAGGAAUGAUCAAAAUAAGUUGAUACAUGUGUGCCUCAAAGAAGUGCUUUAUAAUGAACUGGUUUUACAGAAAAUCAUCAAACCGGAUGUUUAUAUAGGUGAAACACACACAAUCACACAGAGUAAAGUUCAUGAAAUGCCAAAAAGGGUCUCACCAGAAUAAUGAAUGUAAAAAUCAAACAAGCGGAUCCUCUUAUCAGCGACAGAUAUGUAGCGCCACUCUCACAGCCUGAAGCCACACAGUCUGCUGUGCCUCUUCCUAUCGACGGUGUGCUACUGACACUCAGUGGUGAGAGUGAUGCUCUGAAAUAUAAUGCUCGGAAAGUCUUCCCAAAAAAAAGAGUAGUGCGCUGAAUGAACAGUGAGUUUACCCCGUGAAGCAAUGUCAGUCAAAUUAGCUGCUUUAUGAGUGUGGUUCUGUACAAGUAUGAGUUCUUGUUCUGACACGGAGCCAUGUUUUAUGCAAUCCACAUGCAUUAGGAAUUAUGGGAUGAUUAAAUGUAAGAACAAUUUGUUGAAGUUAAAUGUUAAUUGUUACGUUGGAGUAAGCAGUUUUAAAAGCAAAAUUCCAAAUCAAGGUUAUUUUAUAUCACAUCUAGCUGUUGUCCUUUUUUUAAUCAGGUUGAUUUUAACCGAAUUGUAGACGAUGUACUGUCAUUAAAUAACAUGUGCGGGUCAUAAUCACUCCAAAGGCUUUGGGAGAAACAUCGUGUCUACACUUUUAGACUCUAAAAGAUGAAACAGUUUAACCAAAAUCAUGUCAGAAGAAGAACCCCAAACAGACUUUCUUUUUUUUGCUUUGAAUGUGUUUUUCCGGUAUAGAGAUAUUUGGCAUCCAAGUGUAACUACAUACAUGUUUUCCGAGAAUAUACCUCACAGUUUGCCUUCCAGACACAAACAAACCCAAAACAUUACUAAUCUUUAAAGAGGACCUAUUAUGCUUUUGUGCCUUUUCUCUUUCCUUUAGUAUGUUAUAUAGUUUUUUGUGCAUGUAAAAGGUCUGCAAAGUUAUAAAACCCAAAGUCCACACCAAAGUGAGGAACUCUCCCCCACAGAAACACUGCUCCUGAGCUGCCUGAAACGCCUUGAUUGACGUCUUGCCUUUUCUUCUUGCCUUUGCACGGCCUCAAACAAAGCUGGUUAGAGUGGAGUCCAAAGAGUUUGGUUCGGUUGACCAAUCACAACACAGUAGGAGCUCAAACAGAACGUUUCAGACAGAGGGUGGAAAGAGGUGCUGCAGCACAGCCGGUUAGAGAAAAAUAAAAUGUUUUUUGAACAUUACAUCAUGUAAACAUGUUCUAGUAGGAACCCAAAAUACAAGUAUGCAUCUGAAGAUGAGCAUAAUAGGUCCUCUUUAAGUUAACGAAAGUACAGUAAUGCCGAACUCAGUGGAGCCUUUUUGAUACAAUUGAACUUUACAGACACAAAAGACACAUCUUAAGUCAUGAAUGUAUUUUCUGUGGAUCAUGAGGUAUUUUGGAUGACAUGGACACCAAAUGUCUCAAAAUGGGGAAAAACCGUGAAGAGCAACUCUGUUGAGUAUUAAACCCCGGUAGGACGAGAAUAAUUAAGGACUAAACAUGGUAUAGUUUGCUACUAGUUCAACUUUUGGAUAUCUUACAAAAGAUGUGAAUGUUGACAAUGAAGCCAUACUGUUACUAAGAUUUGCUGCUCUCAGGUAUAUUUGAAAAUCAAAAUGAAAUACCUUAUCUUUUUCUAUGGUUAUUUUUGUGAUCUUGCUGUAUGUUAAAGUCAAUCGAUUGCUAGAAACCUGUAAUGCAUUUUUUUUUUGUGUGGUCACACACUCAGUUGUUGUUUUCCAGUGAAUCUUUUUGACAUUGAAUACUGUUAAAUUAGUAGACUUUAACUGUUUUCCUCCCUGAUGUCAAUGGUAAAAGAUUGUUUUCUUUUUGUGACACCAAAUUUGAAUGCACAACACCUACCUUUUACAAACAUUGUAGAGAUAAAAGGAGCUGCUUUUGGUAUCAAUUCACACUUAUAACAGGUUUCUCUGCAGAUUUCUGUGCCAAAAGUUGUGAAUUAUUCAUACAAAUAUAACAAUAGGCUGUUAAAUGCAACUGCAACUUUUAGAGGAUUUACUUACUGUAUAUUAUUUUAUUUUAUUCAUUCAUUUUUUUU